AUGCCUGGGGGUUCCCCUAGAGUUCCCCGAGGGUUUGGGUCCCUGGUGAUGGGGGGGAUGGCAGCAGGAGGAGGAGGAGGAGGAGGAGGAGGAGGAGGAGGAGGAGGAGGAGGAGGAGGAGGAGGAGGAGGAGGAGGAGGAGGAGGAGGAGGAGGAGGAGGAGGAGGAGGAGGAGGAGGAGGAGGAGGAGGAAUAGGAGGAGGAGGAGGAGGAGGAGGAGGAGGAGGAGGAGGGAUAGGGGCAAAAGCAGGAGGAGCAGCAGGAGCAGGAGGAGUGGGUGCAGCAGGGAGAGGUGCCACAGCAGGAGGUGCAACAGGGAAAGUCGUAACAGGGGGGGGUGCGACAGGGGGGGUUGCAGGAGCUACUGGGCGGCUGAGGCUGGUGGUUGACCGGGGGACGGGGCAGCAGCUGGUGGUGCAGCGAGUGCAUGUGGGGGAGAGGGGCGGGGGCGCAGGGGAGGGAGGGGUGCAAGGGGAGAGGGGCGUGGGGGGCCAGUCAGGGCAGUCGGAGAGAGAGCGGCGGAUGCACCAGCGGGUCGCAUUACUGCUGAAGCUCAAGCAUGAGAACAUUGUGCCAUGCCUCACAGAGUGCGGCCCCAUGCCGGAAGAGACCCUCGCCUUCUGCCUUCGCCAGGUGGUGGAGGCACUAACAGCGUUCCACUCCCUGGGCAUCCCCCACGGCCGUGUGCGCACCAGCAGCGUUUUCGUUCCCGAUGAUGGCGUCGUGAAGCUCGCUGGGACCUCGUUCCUGGAUGGAGAAAGGGAGGGAGGGGAUGGAGGGGAGGAUAGAGAUGGGGGAAAGGAGGAGGGAGAGGAGGGAGGGGAGGGGAGGGGAGGAAGCAAGGUGCCCUGGUGUUCCCCUGAAGAGAUCAGAAAGGUGAGGGUAUUAAUGUUCUGCUGUGCACUGGCUGUGCCGCUAUUGCCCAUCUUGUUACCCGUGCACUGCCUGUUCUUCCUCCCACCAUUCGUUACCCGUGUUUCCCUCUACUCGAAACGCUGUGUCUCUUCCUGCCGCCUUUCAACCUCUCUCUUCGCCUUCCACUUGUGCCCUCCCCCUUCUCUUGGGUCUCCCACCUUCCCCUCGUUCCGACAUCUCUUUUCUCAUUCUUCGUCCGACGUCUGUUCCCCCAAUACGCUAUCUACCAAGCAGGAGACAGUGGGUGCAGCAGCAGACAUGUGGGCGGUGGGCUGCCUGGCAGUGCACAUGGCAACGGGAGCGCUACCAUGGGCCCAAGUGGCGGACGAGGAGCAAGUGCGGCUCUUCAUCGCACACAGCAGGGCUCUGCCCGACCUGCCGCCCGAUUCCUCGCCACAGCUCAUUGAUUUUGUCGCGACCUGUUUGGACCGGGAUCCGUCCCGCCGCCCGACAGCCGCCCGGCUCGUUGACCAUCCUUUUCUAGCGGCAUGCUAG